UCCCGAGAGCAGUGACACGCGGGCGGAGCAGGAAGGAAACCGCUCCCAAGCGCGGCGGCAGCGUAGUUCCUAGCCGUGCAGCUGCCGCUCCCACCGCCUCAGUUGGUCUGUGUCCCACGUCUGCCGCCUGCAGCAUGAGUGGCCUGCGCGUCUACAGCACGUCGGUCACCGGCUCUCGUGAAAUCAAGUCCCAGCAGAGUGAGGUGACCCGCAUCCUAGAUGGAAAGAGGAUCCAAUACCAGCUAGUGGACAUCUCUCAGGACAACGCCCUUCGAGAUGAGAUGCGAACCUUGGCUGGCAACCCCAAAGCUACCCCACCUCAGAUUGUCAACGGGAACCACUACUGUGGGGACUAUGAACUCUUCGUGGAGGCUGUGGAGCAGAACACACUGCAAGAGUUCCUGAAGCUGGCCUGAGUCAGGAUGGCCAUAGAAUGCCCAGCUCUUCACCAGGCCUUGGAACCAACUCUUGUCGUUCCUAACCUUCUGACCUUGGAGUCCCUCCCUGCAAACCCAGGCCCUUUCUGUAGCCUCCUCUUCCUCCUUCAGAGGCAACAUUCCUUAUUCACCAACUAGUCUCAAAAGAUUGUCUUAAGCCCUGAUGAUGGCUGUCCCUAGCCAGACCUCAGGGCAUCCUCUCUGCCUGGCCCUGCCUGAUGAGCAUUUCUGUUGCUUCCAUCAGCUGGAGCUCUGCCAAAGGCCCCGCAUCCCCGUCCUAGGAGCAUCCUAGAGACAAUUAAAUGCCCAUUCCUCUGG